AUGGACGCUCAAAAGCAGCCCGUCAAACUCGCCCGUGUUAUCAAGGUCCUCGGCCGUACCGGCUCCCGUGGUGGUGUGACCCAAGUUCGCGUUGAAUUCAUGGACGACACUCAUCGCAGCAUCAUUCGUAACGUCAAGGGUCCCGUUCGUGAAAACGACAUUCUUUGUCUCUUGGAAUCCGAGCGUGAAGCCCGUCGUCUUCGUUAA